GUCCUCGUCGACGCGAUAGAUAGACGCAGCGACGACACAGUCCAAGCAUUUUAUUAUGCCGUCCUCAAGACUUCCUGUCCUGCCCCUUCCCCACCCGCUUAUUCUGCUCCCGACAGCCCGACUCACCAUCCCCAUCAGUCGCACCGUCGCAGACACCAUCGUCACCCUCAUCGACGACUCAGACGCCGCACAGCCCGUUCUCGCCGCUGUGCCCCUACCUGCCCCUGCAGGAGACGGGGCAAACGCCACUGAGCCAGGCUCUCCACCUGUCCUCCCCACAUGCGGCACCGCCGCUCGUAUCGUCCGCCUCGUCCGACCGCGCUCGGUUUUGAAUGGGGGCAGCUCGAAACAGCAGCCGUAUUUGCUCUCGCUUCAUGGUCUCACCCGCAUAAGACUGUCGAAGCCGCUCGAGCUGGAUGUGCAUACGCCCGAGCUUAUCCCGGACCACACGGUCGAGUACGUUCAGGCGGAUGGUGUACCUUCCCGAGAGACCGUCGAGGCAUUCAAGGAUGCAGCACUGAGGCUUCUUGACCGCCUCGCCCGGGAUUCGGCUCAACCCCAACGCAAGGACGACUGGGUCAAGGUUGCGGGUAUGGUCGAGGAUAUCUCCGAUCAGCGGGCGGCGUGGAUGGCGGAUGUAUUGGUAGCUGCGACUAGUGGGCAAUACAACGACAGAAUAGCCUUCCUCGCCGCUUCAGACGUCGACGACCGCCUCCGCAAGGCGACUGAGCUGUUCAUUAAGCAGACUUCUAUCUCCGAGGUCACUAAGAAGAUCGCGAGCGCUGUCGACGAGUCGCUCUCUCGUCAGCAGAAGGAGUACUUCCUCCGCCAGCAGCUCGCCGCCAUUCAGCGCGAGCUUCAUGCCCUCCACAACUCGCAUACGAAUCGUGAUCGGGACAGCGCUCCGGUUGCGGCCGCGAACUCUCCGUCUGCGGGUGCAAAUAAUAGCAUGUCGGAGCUCGACGAUGACGAACAGGCGGACGCGGAUGAUCUUGCGGAGUUGAAGCGCAAGAUUGAGGCGAUGGAGCUGGGCAGCGAGGAGCGCAAGGUCGGCGUUAGAGAGUGGAGGAGGCUCAAGCGGAUACCCCAGGGAAGCGUUGAGAACGGUGUGAUUAGGACAUACCUCGAAUGGCUUACGAGUAUACCAUGGCCGUCCUCUGGCUCGAUAUCCGAUGCUACCCUCGAAGUCUUCAAGGACCCUGCGUUCUUGUCCAAGGCCCGCGCACAACUCGACUCGGAUCACUACGGGCUCGACCAGAUCAAGCGUCGUCUCAUCGAAUACCUCGCGGUCGUGCGGCUCCGCUCGAUGGCGGAGGCCGCGCGGGAGCAGAAGCAGCGCGAAUUGGAGGCGGAGGCGACUGCUUCGCCGGGUGCAGCGAACGAGAAGGCGCUUGUGGUUGCGUCGGCUGUGCAGGACGAGAAGAACGCCAGCAACGCGCUGGUUCCGCGCCUGGCGCCGCCGGUGCAGCCAUCGCAGCCUCGCAAGAGGGGGAUCAAGGGUCCAAUUUUGAUGUUCGUUGGUCCACCCGGAACUGGGAAGACGUCGCUCGGCCAGUCCAUUGCUAAGGCGCUCGAUCGGCCGUUCCAGCGGAUAUCGCUCGGCGGUGUUAGGGAUGAGGCAGAGAUACGAGGCCACCGACGAACUUACGUCGCAUCUGGGCCUGGGAUGCUCGUCCAGGCACUGCGGAAGGCGGGCAGACUGGAUCCUGUCAUUCUCCUUGACGAGGUCGACAAAGUCGGCCAUAGCAAUUUCCACGGAGACCCUGCAGCUGCGCUGCUGGAAGUUUUGGACCCCGAGCAGAAUCAUAAUUUUAAUGACCAUUAUAUCAAUGUACCCAUAGACCUCAGCCAGGUCCUAUUUAUUUGCACGUCGAAUACGCUGGACACCAUCUCCGCGCCGUUGUUGGACCGGUGCGAAGUCGUCGAGCUCUCUGGCUACACGUAUGACGAGAAGAUGCACAUCGCGCGGCGCUUUCUCUUACCCAAGCAGCUCGAGUCGAACGGGCUCGAGGCGGCGCAGCUGACCGUCACGGACCCGGCGCUGCUCCAGAUUGCGACGCUGUACACGCGCGAGGCGGGCGUGCGCAGUCUCGAGCGUGCGAUUGGCGGCGUGGUGCGGUAUAAGGCGGUCGAGUGGGCGGAGCACCUCGAUGCGGAGGCGGAGGUGGAGGCGAGCGGCGAGGUGAUUCCGAAGAAGCAGUGGCGGGGCGUGGUGGAGGAGCGCGAGCUGGAGGAUAUUCUGGGUGUGCCGCGGUGGGACGGGGAGGAGCGCGAGCGCGAGGAAAGGAGGGGGGUGGUGUAUGGGCUUGUGGUCACGGGUAUGGGCGAGGGCGGGAUUUUGCCCGUGGAGAGCACGGCUGUGCCUGGGAGCGGGAGGCUGAAGCUGACGGGCAGUCUUGGGGAGGUGAUCAAGGAGAGCGGGGAGAUUGCGUUGAGCUGGGUGAAGGCGCAUGCGUUUGAGCUAGGAAUUACGACGGAGAGGGGUAUGGAUCCGCUUAGGGUGCCGGAUCCGAUCGAUAUCCAUCUGCAUCUGCCUUCUGGGGCGGUCAAGAAGGAUGGACCGAGUGCGGGUAUUGCAAUGGCCUGCGCAUUUGUCUCGCUCCUUAGUGGUGCAUGUGUGUCGAAGGACAUUGCCAUGACCGGAGAGAUCACCCUUCGUGGCCGCGUCACCCCGGUGGGCGGCAUCCGAAUGAAGGUUCUCGGCGCGCACCGCGCCCAGGUUCGCAAGAUCAUCCUCCCGUGGGCGAACCGCAAAGACGUCGAGCACGACGUCGCGCCCGAGCUGCGCCGCGAGAUGCAGUUCGUGUUCGUGCGCACCGUCAGCGAGGCUCUUGAUGCUGCGUUCGGCAAGGGUACGCUCGGGUGGAGGAAUAACAUUUUGAUGGAAAGCAGACUGUAAUCCUUUCAGCAAGAGGAACCCUAUAUUAAUAUUAGCACUUCAUGAACCACGCUUUGCUUAUGCUGUAGAUGUGUAUUAUCCUUUGUAUUACUAUGUUUUCGAAUAUUGAUAUCUUUUGUGCAACCGGA